AUGGCCACAGCAGGACUCUUCCCAUGGCCAAAGCAGGACUCUUCCCAUGCCAAAGCAGGACUCUUCCCAUGGCCAAAGCAGGACUCUUCCCAUGGCCAAAGCAGGACUCUUCCCAUGGCCAAAGCAGGUCUCUUCCCAUGGCCACAGCAGGACUCUUCCCAUGGCCAAAGCAGGACUCUUCCCAUGGCCAAAGCAGGUCUCUUCCCAUGCCAAAGCAGGACUCUUCCCAUGGCCAAAGCAGGACUCUUCCCAUGGCCACAGCAGGACUCUUCCCAUGGCCAAAGCAGGACUCUUCCCAUGCCAAAGCAGGUCUCUUCCCAUGCCAAAGCAGGACUCUUCCCAUGGCCAAAGCAGGACUCUUCCCAGGCCAAAGCAGGACUCUUCCCAUGCCAAAGCAGGACUCUUCCCAUGGCCAAAGCAGGACUCUUCCCAGGCCAAAGCAGGACUCUUCCCAUGGCCACAGCAGGACUCUUCCCAUGGCCAAAGCAGGACUCUUCCCAUGGCCACAGCAGGACUCUUCCCAUGGCCAAAGCAGGACUCUUCCCAUGCCAAAGCAGGACUCUUCCCAUGGCCGAAGCAGGACUCUUCCCAGGCCAAAGCAGGACUCUUCCCAUGGCCAAUGCAGGACUCUUCCCAUGCCAAAGCAGGACUCUUCCCAUGGCCAAAGCAGGACUCUUCCCAGGCCAAAGCAGGACUCUUCCCAUGGCCACAGCAGGACUCUUCCCAGGCCAAAGCAGGACUCUUCCCAUGCCAAAGCAGGACUCUUCCCAUGCCAAAGCAGGGACUCUUCCCAUGGCCACAGCAGGACUCUUCCCAGGCCAAAGCAGGACUCUUCCCAUGGCCACAGCAGGACUCUUCCCAUGCCAAAGCAGGACUCUUCCCAUGGCCACAGCAGGACUCUUCCCAUGGCCACAGCAGGACUCUUCCCAUGGCCACAGCAGGACUCUUCCCUUGACCACAGCAGGACUCUUCCCUUGA